GUCACAGAGGACGUGGUAGGAUAGCUGGAGCGCGCGCGCCCGCCCGCCCGCCCGAAGAGCAAUAAACAGCAUUUCAUCGACAUCGCUCGAUAUACGCCAUGCAAAUAAUACGAGAAAAUGAAACGGGACUGGAACGUGAGACAUUUGUCGUGUAUCUGACCUCCUAAUGCUUCCUAUAAAUAUAUAAAAACCAAGGAUUGGGACGUUGCAAACACAGUCGCCAGAUCUCAGGGAAAAUUGAGUGUUAAUCGCCAGAUACCCCGACAAACCCAAGCAGAAUGCCAGAGCAGAGCAACGAUUACCGGGUGGUGGUGUUUGGAGCAGGGGGCGUGGGCAAAAGCUCCCUGGUUCUGCGCUUCGUAAAGGGCACUUUCAGGGACACCUACAUCCCGACGGUGGAGGACACCUACCGGCAGGUGAUCAGCUGCGACAAGAGCGUAUGCACUCUGGAGAUCACCGACACCACCGGCAGCCACCAGUUCCCCGCUAUGCAGCGUCUGUCCAUUUCCAAGGGUCACGCCUUCAUCCUGGUCUACUCCAUCACCAGCAGGCAGUCGUUGGAGGAGCUCAAGCCUAUCUACCAGCAGGUGCUGGCCAUCAAGGGCAACGUGGAGAACAUCCCCAUCAUGCUGGUGGGCAACAAGAGCGACGAGAGUCAGCGAGAGGUGGACACCAAGGAGGGCGAAGCUCAGGCGAACAUCUGGAAGUGCGCGUUCAUGGAAACGUCAGCCAAGACCAACACCAACGUCAAGGAGCUUUUUCAGGAGCUUCUGAACCUGGACAAGAAGCGCGACAUGAGCCUGAACAUGCGCUCCAGCAAGCAGAGACGCGCCGACAAGCUGAAGGCCAAGUGCAGCGUGAUGUAGGAGGCCGAACCCGCGUCACCCGACGUGUGACAGACUCAUCGAAUAUUUGUACAUAAGUCCCUCACCUUAACUCUUCACUCCUCUCAGUCUUAAUCAGGUAUCCUUUAGUGCGCAUCCCCUCGACCGUCUCCUUUACGUAUGUUUUGGCUCCUGUAGUGACUCUCUGUACAAGACUAUACGAGCUGACACAUGAAGCAGGGAGGAUGGAUGUCCCACGAGUAUCACACACACACUGCAUAUUAUUAACUUUUGAUUCAAUUCAAGACAGACCAAAUCAUCAAUGAGCCCAUUUUUACUCUUUAAUGGGACAGUGUCGAAAUGCAGAUGUCUUGAACUGCUCAUCCAAAGAUGGAAAAGGCUCGAACGCAGCGGCGGCACUAUCUGCUCUUCCAAAUUACAUACUAUAGCGGCACAAAAACCUAUUAUGAAUUAGAAAAUAAUUUGGGACGCAGGACAUUCUUAGUUAACCGGCUUGCCAGUGAUUAACCUGGAGUUAAGUGCAUAAUGCAUGUCUGACGAUAUAAAACUACCUUCAUAUUAAAUGUGAUUAUGAUCUUUUCAUCCAGAACAGAGCUAUAUCUUAUUAAAGCACAGUGAAUAAGUCCUAAAUGUGAUUAUUUAUAAAGGUCAUUAUUUUUUUUGUGACGGGGCGGGGCUUGGGGGAAAGGGGCCUGUGUCGCUGUUUUGUUUUACUGUUUUUCAAGUGUUGAUGGCACUGGAAAACCUUAAUAUAUGCAUUUCAUCAUCUAACCGAGAAACAUGUAUUCUGUAUGUGAAAUCUAUGUGUAUGAUCAGCACUAAUGAAAUCCCCUGUACAGACCCUGUUUUUCUGUCGGUGUCUAUAUUUCCUCUGAUGAUUUAAUGCCAUUUGCUUUAGCAAUACAUGAUAUAAAAGCACUUUUAGAGAACCUUGAGCACAUUCGAAACACAGAGCGUGAACCUUUACGACAGCACUCUGCGUUUACAACUUUACUGCAGAUAACAGUGUUUAUUCAAUAAAUAUUAUGUGAGGGACCAGAAAAAUAAAGAAGCACAAAUGUAAUGUAAAACAACGACUGGCUUGUU